CCGUGUGCAGCGGGUGAGGCCCGCGUGACGGCGGCUGAGCGUGCGCCUGGCGGGGCGGGUGGCGGCGCUGUAGUCGCUGGGAGCUGCCAGGCUGUCCGCGCCGCCGCUGCGGGGCCAUGAUCCGGAACGGGCGCGGGGCUGCAGGCGGCGCAGAGCAGCCGGGCCCGGGAGGCAGGCGCGCCGUGAGGGUGUGGUGCGACGGCUGCUAUGACAUGGUGCAUUACGGCCACUCUAACCAGCUGCGCCAGGCACGGGCCAUGGGCGACUACCUCAUCGUAGGCGUGCACACUGAUGAGGAGAUCGCCAAGCACAAGGGGCCCCCGGUGUUCACUCAGGAGGAGAGAUACAAGAUGGUGCAGGCCAUCAAAUGGGUGGACGAGGUGGUGCCAGCAGCCCCUUACGUCACUACACUAGAGACCCUGGACAAAUACAACUGUGACUUCUGUGUUCACGGCAAUGACAUCACCCUGACUGUAGACGGCCGGGACACCUACGAGGAGGUAAAGCAGGCCGGGAGGUACAGAGAGUGCAAGCGCACACAAGGGGUGUCCACCACAGACCUCGUGGGCCGCAUGCUGCUGGUGACCAAAGCCCACCACAGCAGCCAGGAGAUGUCUUCUGAGUACCGGGAGUAUGCAGACAGUUUUGGCAAGGCACUGACUGCCAGGUUCGGCCGACUGGUGGACGCUGCGGGGGAGGGCAGGCAGCGGUGGUACCGGCUGGCCGGUCACAGCAGCCACUGCUUGGAGGAGGAGCAAGGACUUGCCUGUGGACAGUGCCCUGGUGGGCGGAACCCCUGGACCGGGGUAUCCCAGUUCCUGCAGACAUCGCAGAAGAUCAUCCAGUUUGCUUCCGGGAAGGAGCCCCAGCCAGGGGAGACAGUCAUCUAUGUGGCUGGCGCCUUCGACCUAUUCCACAUCGGGCAUGUGGACUUCCUGGAGAAGGUGCACAGGCUGGCAGAGAGGCCCUAUAUCAUCGCGGGCUUACACUUUGACCAGGAGGUCAAUCGCUACAAGGGGAAGAACUACCCCAUCAUGAAUCUGCAUGAGCGCACCCUGAGCGUGCUGGCCUGCCGGUACGUGUCCGAAGUGGUGAUUGGGGCCCCGUACGCAGUCACAGCAGAGCUCCUGAGUCACUUCAAGGUGGACCUGGUGUGUCACGGCAAGACGGAAAUUAUCCCUGACAGGGACGGCACCGACCCAUACCAGGAACCCAAGAGAAGGGGCAUCUUCCGUCAGAUUGACAGUGGCAGCAACCUCACCACGGACCUCAUCGUGCAGCGGAUCAUCACCAACAGGUUGGAGUAUGAGGCACGAAACCAGAAGAAAGAAGCCAAGGAGCUGGCCUUCCUGGAGGCCGCCAGGCGGCAGGCAGCGCAGCCCCUGGGGGAGCACGAUGGCGACUUCUGACCUGGUGGAGGCCCUGGCCGGCCCUCCCCCUGCUCUGCUUCUGCACCUUCUGCAUUUGGACAUAGGACUCUGCAGGGCCACCCUCUCUAACUGGCCUGGCUCUGGAAGGGCUGGUGACGACUCUGCCUCCUGCCUGCCUUCAAGGUGCCUGGUUUGCAGCAGACUCUCCACCCUUUCCAGCGAAGCUGCUCAGAGAGGGCGUCCAGCACAGUGGAGAGGCCGGCAGUGAGAUGGGCAGACGGCACCUGCAGCCCGAAAUGCAGCACUCCUGCGUGCGCCCCCACCUGGUCCCCGGAUGUCCCCACCACCUGGACAGAGGCCACAUUGACUGCCUACCCAGCUGUGGCAGGAGGUGCAGAGCGGAGGGCCUUAGGGAGCAGCGACUGCGGUCACCCCUUUAGUUCUCUGGGUGCAGACCACAGCACCUCCCACUUGGCACCCCCCAACACGGUGUCCUGCCACCCGGCGCCGGCUCCAGGAAAACACGCUUGCCUUCAUUCCCAGCAGCUUCGCCGCUCUCCUUAUGGACUCUGUUCUGUUUGUACGUGGCUGAUGUAAAUCUCUUUGGUACAACCAAAUAAAGCCUGGUGGCACUGCUGCGUGGGGCUCCCAGCCCUGCUGGGAAGGACCAGGGAACCACCCAGCAAGCAGAGCCUCUUGGCCCUGCCCCGACCAUGCACCCAGCAGCCGGGUGUGCAGUGGGCAGCCUGGCAGUGAGUGAAACCCCGGCCUCCAGCCCUCCAAAGCCAGGGGCCACCCCCUAUAGCAGGCAACGCUAGAAUAGGAAGGAGAGCCGGGGCUGAGGCUCCUUGCCCCUCGGCCCCUCCAGGGGCCAUGGGAUCUCUGUCUCCUGCAUGCCUGUCAGGGCCCGACUGGAGCAGCCCAGAGGCUGAAGAGGCUCUUACUGCAGCCUCCAGGAGGUGUCUGGGGAGCCCACAGAUUGCCUGGUCUCGCCGCACUCAAAAUGAGGCUUAUGAUCAGGACUUUUUUCAGCCCCACACUCCUCUCCAGAAUGGGCUCUGCCGUACAGCACCUGACCCAUGUGGGGCCUCCAUGGGCCUGUCCUCUGCUGUUGUGAGGUCGACCUCAUGACCCAGCACAGGAGCCGGAGGCGAGGUGCACAUGAGGCUCUCCACAGCCCCGGAAGGCAGCCUCUCACCCUGCUCUCCGAGCCAGGGGCCAAGGUGUGAGGGGCACAGGCCAUCCUCAUGCUGUCAGGCCCCUGCUUUCAGAAGUGGGGUGGUGCCGAUGCUCCCACUCAGACCCCUGGGCUGCAGGGUCCCCUGAGCAGAGGGACCAGCCACUUCCCCAUAGAUUGGUGCUGGACAGGGGCUGCCUGGGCCCCAGGCUUGGGGAGGGUGGAAAGGCCCCGCUUGUUGCUGCCUGGGCCCGGAAGUGGGCCUGGCCCUGUUCCCUUAGAAGCAUUGGAGGCCAGGGCCCAAGCCAGUGCUGGAGUCACACCCAACCGCGGAGGGAGAACCCACCUGUCUCCCACCCUCAGCUCUGGGGAAGCAUGCUCUGGGUCUCUGGGGCCAGGGCUCAGGCCCCCAACUCUCCUCCUCGCCCCUGCGCCCUCGGACUUGGCCUGGCCAGAAGGGAUGGGGGCAAGAGGAAAGCAGCCAGGGGCUCCAGGCCAUGCUCUCACAGAUUUGCCUCUGGAGUGGGGGGCGAAGGACUGGGGAAGACACUGGGGACCAGGCCAGCAGUGGCCCUGCAGUUUCCCCCAGGGAGCACCAAGCUUAGACGCGGCUUCACCGCGGGGCUGGAUCGUGGCCAGCUUGGCCCCUGGGUCUGAAGACCUCUGGGCAGCCCAGGCCAACCUUGCCCUGCCGCCGCACACUCGGCUGCCCUCUCAUACCCAGGCUUGGGGACUUCCAGGUCCCGAUCCCCUCGUGGCCUGGCUGCCAGUCCUCCAGUACCCCUCACUCCGAGGCUGCCUCACUAUUUAUUUGUUUACCAUGAACUGCGGGGUGGGCGGAAUAGGGGAGAGCUGGGGCGCCAUCCCCAGCCGGCGGGGCCUGGGGUCCCCCAGUAGGACGAUGGUGGCGGGGGUCCCCAGCAGUGCCAGGAGAGGUCCGGGUUCCGGGCUCAGGGGGCGCGGCAGUCGGCUGAGCGCAGGGACAGGAAGACGUCCGCCUUGCACUGGAAGGUCCCGCGGUCGUCGGGCAGCCGCUCGCACCUCUGCAGGUUUGGAGCGACGUCCUGGACGCACACGGCCUGGGGCGGGCGGGCAGAGGUUGAGAGGCCGCCGCGCCCCCACCCCCGUCAGCCCCCGGCCCGCCCGCUGGACUCACGAGGCUCCGCAGUCUGGGGUGCAGCUGCAGCUCCGGGGAGGCGCCGGCCCGGCCCGGGGGUUCCGCCCCUCUGUGGGGCUGGGAGCGCCGCGCGUACGGGGACCUGCGGAAGCCGGACAGCAGCCCCGCGGCGCGGCCCACGGAGUAGGAGCUGCGCCCCGCCGCCGGCUUGUACCACGCGAGGCCGGGCGGCGCCAGCAGCAGGCACAGCGCCAGGGCGGCGGCCACCAGUGUCGCGGGCCGGGCCAUGGGGACGCGGGCGGGCGGGCGGCGGCGUCGGGGCUCGGAGCAGCCACCGCCUGGGCCGCCUUAUAUCUGCGGCGGGGGCGGGCCGAGGCUGCGGGGGGCCGGGAGGGGCGGCGGGCGGGCUGCGGGUGCAGCCAGCCCGCACGGAGGACCCGUCGCACCUGCGCAUCCCAGAGGACCCAGCCGCGCGGGUGAGCGCUGGAGGCGCGCAGGGAUCUGGCGCUUGGUCGGAGCCCGACGCCCCAAGCUCCCCACCCACGCCGCUCGCAUCCUUCAGGCCCGGCCUGCGUGAGCCUCAGUGGGAGCAGGGGAGGGCCCACGGGCGCUCAGCCCUAGGAGUCGUCCCCCAGGAAGUCCCCAGUACUCCUGAGGCGGGAGAGCCAGCCACACUGCACAGUGCCCAGGGGGCGGUUUUUCCCACCCUGAGGCGUAUUCUUGGCUCCAGGCAUCAGAGUCCAUGUGGUUUGUGGGGCCCUCAUUUCUUUCACGCCCUUCGGGGAAGGUUCCACCAGCAGGGCUGCUACUGACAGGGUGCUCUGGGAGCGGGGCAAGAAGGUCAGGCACUGACCUCAGGAAAGCCACACCAAGGCACUGGGGCUCCACGAUUCCUGGAGGCCCCUCUCUGCCAGCUCUGCCCCUGGAAGGGCACCAGGCAGGACUGCGAGCCGCUCUCUUGGCAGGUGACAUCCGCCUUCAGGCUCACUGUGCCCUCACCAUUUCAUGCUCCCCCAAGGUCCUGGUCACGUCUUCUUUUGGAUAUCUCGCCAGGACAGGCACUGGCACUGGAGCCCUGGUACUUGUUUCUGGGUUCCGUGCUUCCCAGGUGUGAUGGUGAAUACUGAGGGUUAUUUUGAUGGGAUCAAAGGAUGCAAAGUAUUGUCCCUGCUGGGUCCAUGAGGGUGUUGCCAGAGGAGAUUCCCAUUUGAGUCCGUGGCUGGGAAAGGCAGACCCACCCUCAAUCCAGGUGGGUACCACCUAAUCAGCUGCCAGCACAGCCAGAAGACAAGCAGGCAGAGGAACGUGGAGGGACCAGACUGGCUGAGUGUGGCCUCCAUCUUUCUCCUGUGCUGGAUGCUUCCUGCCCUCGAACAUCACACUCCAAGUUCUUCAGCUUUCGGACUCUUGGACCCACACCAGUGGCUUGCCAGGGGCUCUCCGCCCUUUGGCCACAGACUGAAGGCUGCACUGUCGGCUUCUCUACUUUUGUUUUGGGACUCAGACUGGCUUCCUUGCUCCUCAUCUUGCAGAUGGCUUAUUGUGCGACUUCACCUUGUGAUAGUGUGAGUCAAUGCUCCCAAUAAACUCUUCAUAUAUACUCUUCA